AUGGAAUCCAACGCCACCUCUCUAUGGGGUAACCUCAAACGAAAUUCCCAAGCGAUGCUAGUCAUAGUCAUCAUCGCCGUUGUCUUCAUUACUUUGUUUUACAUUUUAGCACAUUUACAAGAAAUAGAAGAAAAAAGAAGAAAUCAUGUCCCGGAUAUUACAAUACCUUCUAUGGACUUCACGGUACUUAAUAUAACCAAGACUCGUCUUAGUGUAAAAUGGGAUUUAUUGAUAAGGAUUCCCGGAGAUCUUCCUGGUUACUAUAUGUGUCUCGAAGGAGAUUUUAAGGUUUUCAUAGUUUACGAAGGUGUAACCAUCGCUGAUUCAUCAAUACAGAGAUACAACAAUCUCAAAAGAGAUUAUCCGCAGCUACUUAGGGUUUCAGCGGCUGUCUCUGAAGAAGAUAUUGGCGGAUUGUUUGGUAAAGAGAUUAACAAAGAUAUGAAAGAGAAGAGGGAAGUGCAUUUUGGAUCUCGGUUUUCUCUUACCGAUUGUAGGGAAGAUACGACAGGAGUUUUGAGCUACGCGUGCGAUGAUAUCACCUUGCGGUUCGAACCAGGUUCCGAGAUGAAGGCGACUUUGUUUGUUGAGAACAAACGCCACCCACGCUGCAUCCAUUUUGUUGACUAA